GUGGUUAAAUCCAAAUAUGUGCGCGAAUCUGUGGAAAAGAAAGAUGUAGAUCGCGACAACGUAGCUGAUUAAGGAAGAUGAAUGAUAUGGAUUGAAGCACUGGUGAGCGUAAUAAACUUGGGUACCAAUACUAUGGAUCAACCGAGUGGCGAACAAGACAAAUUCAAUCUCCAAAGAAAGAUAUUUGUAGGAAACAUCAGCUACAGGGUGAAGCAGUAUCAGUUGGCCAAACAUUUCAGUCACUUUGGAGCUGUGGACUAUUGCUAUCUUGUAAAAGACCACCUCAAGAAAUGGUCCCGGGGCAUUGCCUUUGUAACAUUUGAAGACCAGGACGGUAUGAACAGAGCAAUACAAGCUUCAGCUGAGGAACUCCUGUUAGAUGGAAGACAGAUGCGUGUCGCUCCGGCGGAGGAAUCUAAGCGAGUGGCCUACUCUGAGGGGGGUGGAUGGCAGGGGAAACCUCCUCCUCCUCUGACACUCACCAGACAAGGCUGAUAGUAAGACAUGGGGACCAGGCUUCCUGUGUGGUCAGCAGGAACAGAUAACAGAACCUGAUGUCUCAACUCUGGAACUUGACGAAUGUAGGGCGUGCGAGAUUGAACGUCUGAAUGAUGACAGCCUCAUUCUCAUCUUCUCCUUCCUAUCCCUAAAAGAACAUGUUCAAGUUGAACGAGUGUGUAGAAGGUGGCGCCACCUAGCCCAGAAAUCUUGGAGUUGCCAGUACAAGCUUCAGUUCCGACACAUGUUCCAAGGAUUCACGAAGGGCCUUACAGAUUCUAUCCUCAACAGUCUGUUAUUGCGAUGUGGUGUGUACUUACGGACACUAGAUCUCUCCGCCUCUCCACAACUACUUACUGACCUAUGUGCUGACAGCAUUAGUGCUAAUUGUCCGAACCUGGCGGAGUUAAAUGUAUCUGGAGUAAGUGUUACUGAGGUGUCACUCAGAACCAUAGCAAAGGCCUGUCCUAAACUCAGGAAGUUUAUUCAGGAAAGAAGUUUCUAUGUCGGCGACAAAGGGUUGACCUGGCUGUUCCAAGGCUGUCCGACCCUGGAACGUGUGGAUAUACAGAGCAAUUCCAGGAUAGUGGGAGAUUGCUUCCAUUCUGUACCUACCACACUGAAAUACCUCAACCUGGACCACUGUACCAAGCUGACAGAUCUAGGAAUACGAAAGAUUGGUCUACGAUGUAAACACCUAACAGAGUUAUUCAUCAGUCACUGUAAAUCUCUGACAGACCAGAGCCUCGUCAACAUCACACAGAAUCUUAAAAAGUUAAAAGCUCUACGUAUGGAAGGUAGUUACACGCAAAUUACAACUUCUGGUCUGAAAAAGAUUGGACAAUUGGUUUGUUUGGAGGAAGUCAGCUUUGCCCAGAAUUCUACUGUUGAUGAUGAGAUUUUAAUCCAGUGUGCUUUAGGAUGCCCUAACCUAGCACACAUAGAUGUAUCUGGCUGUUACAAACAUGUCACUGACCUGGGUUUGCAGGCCUUAACACGGUGUUAUGAUCUAUCGUACCUCAACAUCAGUUACCUGUCACAUGUAAGUGAUAGCUGUGUGGAAUCGCUGGCUACCAGGCUGGGGAAGUUAAAGACACUGAUUGGCCGCGUCUGUUCUGGGAUUACAGAUCAAGCCAUGAUGACUUUUGCUGACAUUUGCUAUGACCUUGAGCUUCUUGACCUCAGUGGUAACUUUGACAUCAGUAACCAGAGUGUGGAAAGGUUUAUAGCUACACACACUGGUGAGAAUUCCAAACCUCUCACCAUUGUCCUUGGGGGCACGUCUGUGGAGCCGGAACACCUAGACACAUCAGGCAGCAGCAUAACAUUAAACAUGUAUAACCUGUCAAUGCCUCACCUCAAGGUAGACCGGGAGAUCAUGUUACCACCAGAAGAGAGCAGUAGUGAUGAGGAGGAGGAGGAGUUAGAGAGUGAAGCAGUGUCACCAGGGAUGAAACACUACCAGUCUGUCAUGGCCGCCGGGGCCGAAAUCACAUCCGACACAGAAUGGGGUGAUCCUGAACUUGACGGGUUUGACUGUGAUGAUUACCUUAUUGGGGACGAUCCCCUUGAGGAAGAGAGAUGGUCCAUGUUCUGAGUCGUUUCUACCUUCAGGGAGAUGAGGACUUUCCAGUGUUUUUUAAUACUUUAUCACACACCAACACAGGAGAAAAGAGGUCACCAGUGUUCAUAUAAAUUAUCUUAUCUUACAGACUUUUUGCCUAUAAAAUCAUCUUAACACAUAACAAACUGCAUAGACGAGAAGAAAGAGAAAUCUUGGAUGAUCAAUGUUUAAGUGUAAGAUGUUUGGAGAGGCGGAGAAUGCUUGUCGGAUAAGAUGAUAAGGUGUUAGAGUUCUCUCUGUGAAUCAUGACAGAAUUUUAAACAUACAUUAUGUAAGCCGAUUGUUUUUUCAUUUUAUUGUUAAGUUUUCUGAAACUUUCAGACAUUUAUGUAGGAUUGAGACCAAAUAAAAUAAACAAAUAUAUGAAUAAAAUCAUUU